AUGCAAAUCGCGGGGUAUAAAAGCGGCGGCGCGGGGCGGGAGCGGCGCGCAGCGAGCGGAGCGGCCAUGGCGCCGGGCACGGAGCGCCCGCCGCACGGCGAGGGCUGCGCGGGGCCCCGCGGCGACCGGAGGACGAGGAAGCCGCUGGUGGAGAAGAAGCGCCGGGCGCGCAUCAACGAGAGCCUGCGGGAGCUGCGGCUGCUGCUGGCCGACAGCGAGUUUCAGGCGAAGCUGGAGAACGCGGAGGUGCUGGAGCGGACGGUGCGGCGGGUGCGGGCCGCGCUGGAGCGCCGCGCCCGCGGUGAGUGCCGGCCCGGGGGGCGGCGGGGGGCGGCCGGCCCGGCCCGCGCCUCGCCCGCGCCCCUCGCUGCGCCCCGCGCCGCAGCGGCCGGGCGGCGGCUCCUGGAGGCCAGCGAGCGCUUCGCCGCCGGCUACAUCCAGUGCAUGCACGAGGUGCACACCUUCGUCUCCAGCUGCCCCGGCAUCGACGCCACCACGGCGGCCGAGCUGCUCAACCACCUGCUGGAGUCCAUGCCCCUCAGCGAGGGCGGCUGCCCGGACUCGCUCACGGACCUUGCCGGGGAGCCGGCGCUCGGGCCCUGGCCCGCCGGCCGGGCGCCGGUGCCGCCGGCCGCAGCCCGCCCGGGCCCGGCGCUGCCCGGCCCCGGCGCCGAGACCCGCUCGGGCCCGGGCCAGACCGACACGGACGGACUGCUGGCGUCCCUGACGCGGGGCCUGCCCUCGCCCGGCUCGCCCAAAUCCAUGUGGAGACCCUGGUAACAGCGGAGCGCAGUCAGCGCGACCUGCCUGCGGUUCGGUGUGGGUGUCCGUGUGUCCGUGUGCCUGCCUGCCCGUGUGAGUGUCUGUGUGUCUGUCUGUGUGUGUGUGCGCGGCUGGCAGCGCUGUCGCUGCGGACUCGGCACUGAUGCUGUCGCACCCUGACAGCCUAAUCGGGAACGCGUUAACAUUUCAUCCCCCGUGUGUGGCAUUUUGUAACUUUUGGGGUUUUUUUUACGAGAGGAUUGGGGGGGGGGGGAGGAGGGAAGUGGUUUGUAGUAGCAGAGCUCUCUGGUGGAGACACAGCAGUUAUAACUCUGUUUCUUCUUGGCCCUUAGAAGCGGCCCAAACACCACUACCUUUUGAGCAAAAACCCUUGUGCAUUUUAAAUCGUGAUAGUUAAUGCCGAGAGAAGCUGGAGCUAAGUCUGCAUGCACGGUUUUAAGCGUUCUAGUGAUAGCAUAGACCCCUGAAAGGUGUCUGUACCUGAUAGCAGCCUAAAGUCUCACCUUUAGCAAAGGGAGAGAAAACUAGAAACUUGGUGGAAAUAGACGUUUUAAAAGAUGUUGGUGACAGGGUGCCUUUUAGAAACGAGUGUCUUUAUGCACAUUUUGCUUUUAGCACAUUUGAAUUUAUUGUGACUUUAUGUAUAUUAGGGUGUCAAAUGUUUUUUUUUAUUUUUAAUCUUUAAUAAAAAAAACCCUGAAUUCACAACGUGGCA